UGAGGGUAUAAGUGUCAAUUGUAUGUAGUGUAUAUAUAUGAUGGUACAUCAAUGAAUAAGGUAAGUGUCAAUUGUAUGUAGUGUAUACAUAUGAUGGUACAUCAAUGAAUAAGGUAAGUAUUUGUCCCAUGUGUUUCUACAUGGUAUUAGAGAUACCUGUUGUUGGAUGGCGCUAAGUGGUGUACAGUGGUUCAUGCCCAAAUCGAGUUCACUGUUGUUUGAACUCGUCGGAGCGCUUUCUGGUGUAGUAUCUGACUUUUGUGGCUAGAUCUAAGCUCAUCAUUGUUUGUAGCUACCAGAUCUGAGUUCGCCGUUGUCUUCCAUGCAUCCCGGUGGGUUCUCUCUUCGUCGUCGGUGGCCCAUAGGUGUUUGAAGUUGUUUCCAGCGAGUUUCUGGUGUCGUCUUUGGUACUGGGCACCAGGGGUGAACUUGCCAUCAUUGUCUAUGAUUACCGGGAAGUUUUCCGUCAUCAUUGGUCAUCGGAAAGGGUCUCCGUCACCAGAAAAAGUUGAAGCCUUGGAGUGGUUGGUUGCAGGUAUAAGCUAUCCAAUCCUUGAGUGUGAAUAACCAAAACUUGGAGUAAGAGUUUAUUCCAAUCUGGAAUAACACAUGUUUGGUAACGCAGAUAAGGUAAUACUCAGAUCCCUUCUUCUUGGUUAGGAUAACCUAAUAUGUGUUCUUAAGGACAACAACAGGCUGAUACGAUAUAGACCCGAUCCGGGUUAAUACCUGCUGAUUCCAGGUCGAUACAGACCAGUUCCGAGUAGGUACUUAUCAUGGACAAACUAACUGUCAAGGUAAUGUCUUACUCGUGCAAGAUGGCUGAUAUCACAGACGAAGGUGUUUCAUUGGUUGAAGACAUAUACAGGCGAAGACAGCCAUUACCCUCCAUGGAUGCUAUAUACUUCAUCCAACCAUCCAAAGAGAAUGUUAUAAUGUUCUUGUCGGAUAUGUCGGGAAGAAAGCCUUUGUACAGGAAGGCAUUUGUUUUCUUCAGUUCACCUAUUUCAAGAGAACUUGUUAAUCACAUUAAGAAGGAUACAACUGUUUUACCUCGUAUAGUUGCAUUGAAAGAGAUGAAUUUGGAGUACUUUGCUAUAGACAGUCAGGGUUUUAUCACCAAUAAUGAAAGGGCUUUAGAGGAACUUUUUGGAGAUGACGAGGAUUGUCGAAAAGGUGUAGCCUGCUUGAAUGUGAUGGCUAACCGCAUUGCUACAGUUUUUGCUUCGUUAAGGGAAUUUCCUUACGUGCGUUAUCGUGCUGCCAAGUCCCUAGAUGCAACUACAAUGACAACUUUCCGUGACCUAAUUCCUACAAAGCUUGCUGCUGGUGUUUGGGAUGGUAUUAUGAAAUAUAAAUCACUUCCGAACUUCCCUAAGACAGAAACAUGCGAGUUGCUUAUCCUCGACAGAUCUGUAGAUCAGAUUGCUCCUAUCAUACAUGAAUGGACAUAUGAUGCCAUGUGUCACGAUUUACUGAAUUUGGAGGGAAAUAAAUAUGUGCAUGAGGUUCCUAGCAAAACCAGUGGUCCACCUGAGAAAAAAGAGGUUCUUUUGGAGGAUCAUGAUCCUGUCUGGCUUGAGCUUCGGCACGCACAUAUAGCAGAUGCCAGUGAACGGUUGCAUGAGAAGAUGACCAACUUCAUUUCAAAGAAUAAAGCUGCACAAAUCCAACAUGGUUCAAGGGAUGGAGGUGAACUGUCUACACGGGAAUUGCAAAAGAUGGUUCAAGCAUUACCACAGUAUAGUGAACAAAUUGACAAGCUCUCGCUCCAUGUAGAGAUUGCAGGAAAAAUUAACAGGACUAUCAGGGAAUCUGGGCUUCGGGAGCUUGGCCAGCUGGAGCAGGAUCUGGUUUUUGGAGAUGCCGGAAUGAAGGAUGUUAUCAAAUUCUUGACCACAAAAGAAGAUACAAUCCGUGAAAAUAAGUUGCGGUUGUUAAUGAUUCUUGUAGCCAUUUACCCUGAGAAAUUUGAGGGUGAAAAGGGUCUAAACAUAAUGAAGUUAGCAAAGUUACCACCUGAGGAUAUGAAUGCCGUUUAUAACUUGAGGUUACUGGGGGGGUCAUCAGAUACCAAAAAAAGCUCAACUGGAGCUUUCUCUUUGAAGUUUGAUAUUCACAAGAAGAAGCGUGCAGCUAGGAAAGAGCGUACUGGCGAAGAAGAAAAGUGGCAGCUAUCACGCUUUUAUCCAAUGAUUGAGGAACUUAUUGAAAAACUUAGCAAAGGUGAACUCCCAAAAGAUGAUUAUCCAUGUUUGAAUGACCCAAGUCAAACUUUUCAUGCGACGUCUCACACUGCAGCAGUAAAUCAACCUCCAGCUGCUCAUUCACUUAGAUCAAGGCGGGCACCUACGUGGGCUCGGCCUCGGAACUCUGAUGAUGGGUAUUCAAGUGAUUCGAUACUAAGACACGCAUCUAGUGAUUUUAAGAAGAUGGGCCAGCGGAUAUUUGUAUUUAUUGUUGGUGGAGCUACUAGAUCUGAGCUUAGGGUUUGCCACAAGCUUACAACUAAAUUGAAGAGGGAAGUUGUUCUAGGCUCAUCAAGUCUUGAUGAUCCUCCACAAUUUAUUACGAAAUUGAAGAUGUUGACAGCAAAUGAACUCUCUGUCGAUGAUCUCCAGAUAUAAUGCAGUGGCUUAGGAGGAAUGGAACAUGCUUCACUCCAGUCUCGAAUCCAAUUUGUUUCAGUGACAAUGCGUCAUUGAUAUUCAUUUUUUAACAUUCAAUAUAAAACUUUUGCCUUUCUCGUUGUCUCAGUGAUGCUGUAUCUAGGAUUUUUUUCAGAUGAGCAUUCUGCCUAGACUAGGUUCUUGCCUUCCGGCUUUGUAUUGUGAUAGACGUGUUGGAGCCUUCCCACCUGUGUAUAACGUUAGUUUUAAAUCAUGGUAAGAAUUAAUUGAGUUUUGUAAAUGAAAUUGAUGAAGCCUGACAACAUGAAAUCUAUAAUGCUGUAUAAAUUUAAAACUGUUCUUUCGA